UGGUAACAGGACCUGAGUAUUUUGAUAAUGCGCCACAGUUAAGGGAAAAACCCACCAACAUCGGUCUUCACUCGGAGUUUACAGCCAACAAUCAAGUUUAUUCUGAGAACACGUUUUUGUUUGUAACUUUUGCUCAUUUAACCUGGUUUAAUUAUGGUUAAAGUUACAUUCAACUCCGCUUUGGCACAUAAAGAGCUGGAGAAAGGAGAAAGGGAUGAGGCUCUAAUCCCACAGGAAGGGGAUGUGGAGGAGGUCCUGCGGGUCAGACAGCGGUCCUGGGCCUGGUGCUGGUGCGUCUUCCUGGGUCUGGUCCUCCUGCUGCCUGGGGUGGUGGUCGGUGGAAUUUACCUGUACGAGCGUUACAGCUCAAGGGAUUUUUUCAGUGGCGAGCUCGAUGGUGCUGUUCCGCAGGAGGAUGAGGUGUAUUUCUGCGGCCUGAGCUACAGCCAGGAGAACUACAUGGUUCCCGACAGCGAAGAGUACAGCGCACCUCUGAAGAGGAUCGACGAACGAGUGCGGAUCCUGGAGAAGCAGCAGGUGGAGCUGAUCAGCGUGCCCGUGCCGGAGUUCAGCGACAGCAACGCCGCCGAGAUCGUGCACGACUUCGUCCUUAAUCUGACUGCUUACCUGGAUCUGAGUCUGAAUAAGUGUUACAUCACCCCACUGAACACGUCUGUUGUCAUGCCACCCAGAGACCUUAUAGAUCUGCUCAUCAACAUCGAGGCCGGCACCUACCUGCCGCAAUCAUACAUGGUGCGUGAGCAGAUGGUUGUAACUGAGAAGGUGGAGGAUAUGGAGCAGCUCGGCUACUCCAUCUACAUGCUGUGCAAAGACAAAGACACUUACAAUCUACAGCGCAGGGACACCAUAUCAGGCAUUCAGAAGCGUGAGGCUCUCAACUGCCACAAAAUCCGCCAUUUUGAGAACAAGUUUGUGUUGGAGACGCUGAUCUGCGAAUAGUUCCAGCACGAAGAAGCGUUUCUGAGAAAUUCCAUUCGAGUGCAGUGCGACUUCAGCGUCACCUCUGACCUCCUGUUCUUUCAUUUUCUGAAGCUCUUCCCGUUUCCUCUCUGUGUGUGUGGUGCUUCUGCUCUCUGACCUUUUCCUCCGUACAGUAGCAGGACGGUGGAGAACGAGAGGAAAGUCUCUCUCUCUCUCUCUCUCUCUCUCUCACUCUCAGUGAAUUAACAACUUACUUCAUUUGAGCUUUUCUUUUUGUAAAAUAGGGACGAUUAUUUUGGUGUUAGAUUUUGUUUUCAGAUCAAUAUUAAUUCCCCCGAAUGGACUUAAAACACAUUUUGUAUAGCUAAAGGCACGUGUAUAAACAUAAGGCAAUAAAAAAAAAUCCUUUUGUCUUUAUAUAUAUAUAUAAAAAAAAUUAAAAAAAAAAAAAAAAAAAAAAAAACCAACUGUGAAAAUAAGUCACAGGCCAGUUCAGCAUAUUGUACACUGGAACAUGUGAAUAUGUAGGAGAUUAGAGAAGAAAAAAAAUUGAAUGAAGAAAAAUCAUAUAUAUAUAUAUAUAUACACAUAUAUAUAUAUAUAUCUCUGUCGCUUAAUUUCAUCAUCUUGUACACUGGAGCUUUAUGAAGUAACAAAACAAACUGAAUUUAGUUGUAUUAAUUCUAUUGUUUAGAGAUUUUUUUUUCUUACCUUGCUUUUAUUAACUAUGCUAUUAACCAGUUCUAGUAUUAGUAAAGGACAUUUUACUCUAAACGUAACCGUAUUCAGACAUCAGGAAUAAUCAGAAAUAAUGUUUCAGACCUUUUACAUUUCAGAGAUUCUUUGUGAUUUAAAUCCUCAAGCAGAUUUAGAACCUGGAACGGUUCGUCAUACCACAGAUGCGUCUCAGUUAAACACGUUAGAAGUUCUUGUGGAUAAAGUUUACCAAAAGAUAGGAGUAAGUGUAAAAGGUUAACUCAAUAAAACUGGACCACUUCA